AUGACCUACAACCUAUUAUCAGACAUUCCAUCAAAGAAAUUAAUUUUGGACUUUGCUGAAAAUAUAUUUCCAUCACCUGAUCAAAAUUACAUUUGCCAAAGCAGUGAUAAAAAUGAAGAAAAUGUACAUUGCCCUCAACAGGGCCAUUUCCUUUCAAGUCCACUCAAAACAACAAAAAAAAACAGACUACCACCUGCAAAUCAAGGUUCACCAUUUAAAUCUGCUGUGUCUACUGUAUCCUUUUACAACAAAAAUAAAUGGUACCUCAACCCAUUAGAGAGAAAAUUGAUAAACGAGAAUAGGUCCAUUUGUCUAAAAACUAAUAAUGAAGACAAAUCUUUUCCCGUGGUGACAGAAAAAAUGCAGGGAAAACCAGUCUGCUCUAAGAGAUUGAAUAAAAAACCGCAAAAGAGUUUAACUUCUAAAUAUCAACCAAAAUAUAAAUGCAUCAAGCCUCUAUCAAAGAAUUCUAAAAAUCCCAAGCAAAAUCGAGUGGCCUAUAAGCCCAUUGUAGAGAAAGAGAAUAAUUAUUAUUCGGCUCAAAAUAAUCUGAAUGCUCCUCGGGUUCUAAGCCAAAAAGUCAAACCACAAGUUACACUCCAGGGUGGAGCGGCAUUUUUUGUUAGUAGAAAAAAGCCCUGUCUUAGAAAACUGACUCUGGAAAACAAGCCAUUACUGGGACUCACACAAAAGAAUAUAUCAGACGUGAUCGAAGAUUCUGAUGUAGAGACUGUCAGUAAAAGAAAAACUUUUGAGACAAGGCAAGUGCCAAAGUGCUUGUUACUAGAAAAAGAACCAAGCAUCGAGCUGCCUCAUGAAAGAAGUAAAAAUGAAGAGAAAUCAAUAAAGGAUUCAUUAGGUGGAGUAGUUUCUUUAAGAGAAGGUAUGCCUAAUGAAAAUAAGUGUUUUCCUUCAGAGGAUUCUCUCAGUGAAAACAAAGCAGUUUCUCCUGAGUCCAUUGUCUAUCCCAUCUUCAGUGUGUCUUCGGUCAAUACAAAAAGAUCUUUAGUUGACGAACAGUCUUCUGUGGGAUCCGUCAUAUCUGCUAACUUCUUGAAGCAGAUCAACACGCAGAAAAGUACUAAUACCAGAGAUGCAAAUAAAGAAACAAAAGAGCAGCUCAUCAUUGACGCAGGUCAGAAACACUUUGGAGCCACCAUGUGUAAGUCUUGCGGUAUGAUCUACACUGCCUCCAGUCCUGAAGAUGAACUGCAGCAUGUUCAGCAUCACUACAGAUUUCUGGAGGGCAUCAAAUACACAGGCUGGAAAAAAGAACGCGUAGUAGCAGAGUUUUGGGAUGGGAAAAUUGUGCUGGUCCUGCCACAUGAUCCAAGUUAUGCUCUCAGAAAGGUGGAGGACGUCCAAGAACUUGUUGAUAAUGAAUUGGGCUUCCACCAAGCUGUUCCCAGAUGUCCAAACAAAACCAAGACUUUUCUCUUCAUAUCUGAUGAAAAGAGAGUAGUUGGGUGUUUAAUUGCAGAGCCCAUCAAACAGGCCUUCCGUGUCCUUUCUGAACCAAUUGGUCCAGAAUCCUCAAGCUCUAAAGAAUGUCACCGGGCUUGGCAAUGUUCAGAUGUACCAGAACCUGCAGUCUGUGGAAUAAGUAGAAUCUGGGUCUUCAGACUAAAACGAAGAAAGCGCAUCGCACGACGAUUGGUAGAUACUGUCAGGAAUUGCUUCAUGUUUGGCUGUUUUCUCAAGAUUGACGAAAUAGCAUUUUCUGACCCAACACCAGAUGGCAAGUUAUUUGCAACCAAAUAUUGCAACACCCCUAAUUUCCUUGUAUACAAUUUUAAUAGUUGAAGCCAGUGUCUACUAUAGAACAGUUACUGUGUGGAUGAGUUCAGAUAGCCCCAUAUCAUAUAAUAUUUAGCAAAUAUCAAAAUAAAUAUACUAAGAUACACACAUACACAAAAACCUGUAUCGGUUUUGUUCCUU